AUGGACAUUCCCGGGGGUGACUCGGACAGAGUAACUCAGCCUCCUCUCUGGAGUAACCUGGCCCUCUGCUCGGACAGCCCGUCCCCGCUGAGGGCUGGAGGCGGCCAGCAAGCCCCGCUGGGCGAAACUUUUUCCAGGGCUUUGUAUUACCAGAUGGCAUUGGAGCAACUGCAAAGCCACCCCAAGGCACUGGAAGCUCCGGGCAGUCCUCUCAACGUGCACUAUCUCCAGCUCACCGACAAGCACAGCUUCGUGGACAUUGCCGAUGCCCAGUUGAGGAUACCUGUCUCUGGAUCUAGGUCGGAGGGCCAUCUCUAUGUCAGCUCAUCCAGAGAUGCCCCCUUUCAGAGGUGGCACCUUCAGGAGGUUUUCUUAGAGCUCAAGGGUGGUCAGCAGAUGCGCCUGUUCAAGCUAAGAGAGCAGAAUGGCGAUGAAGUGGAAAAGGAGGAAAGAUGA